AGGAGGGGCACUUUAAUUGAUUGAACGCGUCGCUACGCGCUCUGUGUCGCGCCUUGUCCCUGCCAAUGAAGUACUUCGUACAACCUUCAGAAUCAUCGUGUGCUGAACGGCCAAUUCACUGUGAAGUCAUAGCGAAGUGAAAGUCUGAUUUUUCCCAGUGUUCAGAGAAUCUUCAGUCUUUCAUAGAUCGAGAUUCCGCCUCCAAAAUAUGGCGUCUACAGCGCCUAUGCGCCCGCGUGCACGACCUGCCCACACCCAGGGCUCUACACACUGCGCUUACACUCCCGAUGGCUCUAAGCUGGUCACCGUGGGCUCCAACAAUACCAUCCGAUUAUACAAGACGGGCUUUGAUGGCGAGCCCAUCAAUAUCGACGAUUGCCAGGAACAGAAUGUCAGUGUCGCCGCUUCCGACAACUUCUUCGUCGUGGGGUCCGAGGAUGGCACCCUAAGUCUAUACUCGAUUCCAAACGCCGCCUUCGAUAAAUACCUCCUGCGAACCUCGCUCCCAAUUAGAGAUGUCGCCUUGUCACCAGACUCCAAGUGGUGCGCAGUCGCCAGCGAUGAGUUGACCGUCAAACUUGUUCGCACAGACGACAAUAGCAAGCUGAGACACCUCAGAGCCCACAACAAGCCCACCAAGCACUUGGCCUUCGAUACGAAGGGGCAGACUAUCUCAUUGGCCUGCACCGAUGGAAUAGUCUAUGUCUACGACCUCGGCGGCGAGGACACAGACGAACCCGAGUUAAUCCGGAGAGUAGACGGCGUCAUUGGUGUCUUGGACAUCGAGUCGGAAACCAGCGCCGAGAUCGCUUGGCAUCCCGACGGCCGCGCCUUUGCUGUUCCAACCCCAACAAGGGAUAUUCAAGUCGUGUCGAAGAAUGACUGGGAGAACCAGCGCGCAUUUUCGAACGGACACGCCGGUGAAAUCACUGCCCUAGCAUGGUCUCCCAACGGAGCCAUGCUGGCAUCAGCCGGCAAGGACAAGAAAAUAUUAAUAUGGGAUACUAAGACGCAGGCCGUUAUCUCCCGCCAUGACUUUGCCAAUGUCAUGGAUAUUGCAUGGCACCCGACUAAGAAUAUUGUGUCCUUUACCAACUCGGAUGGCGAGGUAUAUAUCUAUCCUGACUUUGUUCCCCCAGAGCACACUGCACUGCUGGCACUAUCGAAACAGCCAGCUCCAUUCAUUCACGACCCGUUGUCGGAAAUCUCUGCCAACGUUAGAAGACCGGAAACCAAUGGAUUCAAGCCUAUGGUCUCACGCCCUCGGAGGGAUUCAGCCGGUAGUUAUGAUUCUCUUAUGGACGGUCCCUUGCCAGAGGAUGAAGACUUUGUAGUCGAUGAUGAUGGGGCCGGAUAUGUCAUCAAUAACAACGGAAAGCGGUUACAUGAUGGUGACAGUGUGUUUGGGGAGCCCUUUAGUAAACGCCGCAACGUUGAAAUUCAAUACCAUGAAGCCUUUCAGCCUGGCUCUACACCCUGGCGGGGCAAUAGAAAAUAUCUCUGCCUGAAUCUAAUCGGAUUUGUAUGGACGAUAGAUCAAGAUGGGCAUAAUACCGUCACGGUCGAAUUCUACGAUCACGAGUUCCAUAGGGAUUUCCAUUUUACCGACACGUUCCUAUACGAUAAGGCCUGCUUAACAGAAAGCGGCGUGGCUUUUUCUUGUCCACCCACAGAGAAUUCGCCAGCUACAAUCUUCUACCGACCCCAUGAAACAUGGACGCACCGUACUGAUUGGAAGACGCAGCUCCCUAAAGGAGAAGCUGUGCUUGCUAUGUCGCUUAGUGAAUCAUUCAUAACCGUCACUACGACGGCUAACUAUGUACGAGUUUAUACGCUAUUUGGUAUACCCUAUAAGGUAUAUCGGCCCAAGAGCGCUCCUAUGGUUACCUGCGCGAGUUGGAGAGACUAUGUGAUGACCAUAGGUAAUGGACCGGCUGGAGGGGACGGCCGGACAAGAUUACACUAUACAAUUGAGAAUAUCAAGAGAGACGAGAUAUGCCAGAAUGAGGACACUGUAGCGCUCCCUCCAGGGGCAACCCUGAAAAGUGUUUUCUUCUCGGACUCUGGUGAUCCAUGUAUCUAUGACUCUACGGGGACAUUGCUCACACUCUUACAUUGGCGACGGCCAUCUCGAGCUUCAUGGAUACCAUUGCUUGACACGAAUCUGCUCCCUCGUCUGGCCUCGGGGCGUAAAACUGAAACCUACUUUCCGAUCGCUGUUGCCGACAACAAAUUUCACUGUAUCAUCCUCAAGGGAGGGGAUCAGUAUCCCUACUUCCCGCGACCCCUGCUUUCUGAAUUCGACUUCUCCAUACCGCUCACAUCAGAGCCACCGAGCAAGAAGAAACCAAACCCUGAUGCCAUGGAAGACGAUGAUUCACCAGACAAUGAAGACGAGGACUCAGAAAGCCGCAGACUCGAGCAGCAAUACUUACUCAAAGGAAUUGCGGCGGCACAACUGCAAGACCUUGCAGACGCGACGAAGGGCAGCCAUGCGCAGCGCUCAAGCCUUGCUAGACUCGAGCUCGAAAUCGACAAGGCUCUGCUUCAGCUCCUGGCAGCUGAGUGUCGCGAGGGCGAGGACAGGGGGAUGCGGGCGCUGGAGAUGGUGGAGCUCAUGCGCGAUCGCACCGGGCGGAUGAUAGAGGCUGCAGGCAAGGUCGCAGAACGGUAUGGCAGGACCAUCCUGGGAGACAAAAUCCGGGAACUAGGUGAGCGGCGCGUUAAUGCGCUGGAAGACGACGAGGAUGACCUAUAAUGAAAGCAAUAAUAAGUAUACCUAUACCUAUGAACCUAAGUAUGUAAAACGGCCUAUACGUCGGAAACAGGCACGGGAGGUCUCAUGACUAUUCCUUAUCUAUACUAAUGAUUGUACGGUACCUACACUAGUGAACGUGUGUGUGUGCGACACACCACAUUCUGUUACUACCCUUAUCUAGGUAUCUUGCUUGAAAUGCGAGCCGUGAUAGGCAAGCCCCUUUAACCAGGAUAACCCGACUUGAAUCUCGACUUUGUUUUCCACUACGCGUAGAUGUAGAAAUUGUCGUGAAUGAAUGAACUUGCCGGCACACUGCGGUAAGAAGAGUAAUUUAGAUCACAGCAAUGAGAUCAUUUUGUUUUAAUUGAAAGCCUCCUUGCGCGGUUUCAUUAAAGCGUCGUACGCAACGAUUGCAUAUGUAUGUACUGUAUGUACUUAAUCUGCAAGGUACCACCGGCUUGUUCCGCAAAUGAGAUGAUACUGCGUGUUGUCAGUGUUUAGUGUACCGUACUGUUAAGUCAGAUUAUACAUAAGCUAUCACAUAGUGAAUAGAACGAAGCCGAGUCUCUGAUGUAAAUGGUAACGGGGUCAGGUAAGUAAUGUAGCAAAGUGUGGGGGAAAUCAUCACUACUUUACUGUAAUGUAGUAUCAGCCGUUAUUACCGGAUUGUCGGCAUACUACUUACUAUGCUACACUUG